AAUGCACUAAAAAAAUAUAGCGUGGCUACAGUUGCUAACCUUCUUAACUGCGUACACACGGACGGCGGCACGGCCGCUGUGAGGCCGCGUGCUGUGCGUGCGCUGCUGUGCGUGCGCCUCCUGCGUGUGGCAGUAGCAGUAGGAGUAGCAGCAGCAAUUGGCCACCGAGCCUGCAGUGGACUGGACCCUCCCUGCCGCCGCUGGUGGAGUGGACGCUCGGCUACUCUCCCCCGCCCCGUUCUACUUCAAGAACCACCCACCUGCCUAUCACCUCCUCUCUCUAUCCUCCCCCAAAUCCGCCAAUUCCCCUUGCGAAAGCACCGCCUUUGCGCUCGAUUCCGUCCUGCAUCGCCGAUCCACCGGCUGCAGGUGGGCGGCUUGCCGGCUGGAGCCGCUGGGAUUGUGCUGCGGCCGGAACCCUCGUUCCGAGCUGGUUCGUUUCCGCGUGGAUCAGUUUGGCGUGGAUGGGAGGAGGCGGUGUAGGGAUCAGGAGUGUUUGGGUUCGUUGGAGGUGAGAGCCACCGGGUGCGACUGGGGGAUUAGGGUUUGGUCUUAGGCGGGGCGAAGGAAAUGGGGGGCCUUUGCUCCAAGGGAUCGGCGGUGGACAAGUCGCCCAGUGACACCACGCUCGGCCCCGGACGGUUGGUCGACCACCAUGACCGUGUGGUGGUGGUGGAGGAGAAGAAGACUAUGCAGGGAGAGGCUGCUGCGAAGAGGAUGCAAGAAGAGCAACAACAGGUGCAGCAGCCUGUAUCAGUUUCGCAAACUGCGGUGCCUGGAGGUGCCGUUGAUGCUGCCGCAGCACCUUGGGAUGGGGUGCCGCAGCUGGCACGAUUGCCGUCACAGAAGUCGGGGAUGGGUGUGGCGAAAGCUAGCGCUGCCAAGCCUACAAACUCCAUAUCUGAAGUGGAGCUGGGAUGUAGAGGUUUCAGAAGUAAGCUCUAUUCUGGGUAGAGCUAGUACUGCUGGUCUUGGGAAAGCAGUGGAAGUUCUAGACACACUUGGUAGUAGCAUGACAAAUUUGAAUAUAAGUGGUUUUGGAUCAGGCACUACAACAAAAGGCAACAAAAUAUCUAUUUUAGCAUUUGAGGUUGCCAAUACCAUAGUCAAAGGUUGCAAUCUGAUGCGCGCCCUUUCAAAAGAUAGCAUAAAGCAUUUAAAAGAAGUUGUGCUUCACUCAGAAGGUGUUCAGAAUCUUAUAUCCAAAGAUAUGGAUGAAUUACUCAAGAUUGCUGCUGCUGACAAAAGGGAAGAGUUGAAAGUAUUCUCUACAGAAGUUGUUCGCUUUGGAAAUCGUUGCAAGGAUCCUCAAUGGCACACCUUGGACCGCUACUUUGAUAAGUUGGCAUCGGAACGGACUCCUCAACAUCACUUGAAAGAAGAGGCAGAAUCAGUGAUGCAGCAAUUGGUGACCUGUGUUCAGUUUACAGCUGAGCUAUACCAUGAAAUGCAUGCCUUGGAUAGAUUUGAACAAGAUUAUCAGCGUAAACAGCAGGAAGAGGAUGGUUCAAGUGUAGUCCAAAGAGGUGAUAACCUUCACAUACUAAAGCAGGAAGUGAAAAGCCAACGCAAGCAUGUUAAAAGCUUGAAGAAAAAGUCCCUAUGGUCCAGGAAUUUGGAAGAGGUCAUGGAAAAGCUUGUAGACAUCGUGCAAUUCUUACAUUUGGAGAUCCAUAAUGCCUUUGGGCGUUCAGACAAUGAAGAAUCACAGGAACCUACCAAGCGACGUAACAGAUUGGGUCCAGCAGGCCUUGCACUGCAUUAUGCCAAUAUCAUCACUCAGAUCGAUACUCUUGUUUCUCGAUCAAGUUCUAUUCCUCCAAACACAAGGGAUGCAUUAUACCAAAGUUUGCCACCUACCAUAAAGUCGUCUCUCCGUUCUAAGCUACAUUUGUUUGGAGUCAAGGAAGAGGUAUGCGGGCUUACUGUUUCUCAAAUCAAGGCUGAAAUGGAGAAGACCCUGCGGUGGCUUGUCCCUGUUGCAAAUAACACCACUAAGGCUCACCAUGGUUUCGGUUGGGUUGGAGAGUGGGCAAAUACAGGGUCUGAUGUGAACUGCAAGCCAACGGGGCAGAUGGACCUGACCCGAAUCGAGACACUGUACCAUGCAGAUAAGGACAAGACUGAAGCAUAUAUCCUUGAGCUUGUUGUGUGGCUUCAUCAUCUGAUCAGUCAAUCCAAAACCACUAAUGGUGAGAGGUCUCCGAUCAAGUCUCCUGUCCUGUCUCCUUCGCAAGGGGGCCCCGCAAUCACGUCUCCAAACAAAGCCAGCAGCAAUUCAUCACCUCUUCUGACACAAGAAGAUCAAGAUAUGCUAAGGGAUGUCAAGUACAGGAAAUUUAUCCCUGGUAUAAGCAAAAGCCAAGAGUUUGACACUAAGUCAAGACAUAACAACCAAAGCAGGUUAAGCAAAAGUAACAGCCAUUCACCGAGCAGCGGCAACAGGAAAGAGUUGCUAUCAAUCAGGAGGUUGCUUCCUGUGAUUGACUUCGAGAUCGACCGGACAAAAGCUCUUGACGUGAUUGAUAGAGUUGACAAUCUAAAAGUGCAGUGAUGAAUCAAGGUAAAUCGGUGCCCUAUCUAUUUCUGAGAGUGCUGCGAUCUGUGAUCUUGAAAACCCAAAUUGUUUGAAGGAUACAAGAAAUCUGCUGAGCUUGAUUGGCAUGUAUCUGCACUUCGGCAGCAUGAUGCCCGCCUGAGAUGAACCAGCAUCAUGGUGCCUAUUUGAAGACACCAAGAUAGGUAGCGAUGCUGGCCAUGGGCUCAUGUCCAGGCCAACUUUGUAUGAUAUAUGGUGGGGUGAAAAGAAAAGGGAAAUUUUAUUGUAAAAAGGGAUUUGUUGUGUUUGUUAGCUCUUGUACAAGGAAUGCAAGUUUCGAAGGGAAAAAAGAGUAUUAAAGA